AUGGCGUUCCCAUUUUCUAUCCUGCCAAUCUCGGCCGCCUUUGUUCUGGUACUAUCAUCACUCUUCCUCAGCCUUGGGAAGUCAGCUCCGGCAAAUGGCGGCGUAUGCUAUUCGCAAGACCUCCCGAACAUACUCGCCGAAUCAUUCCCAAACAGUGCAACCGGAGUUCUCAAUGCCACGCUGGCCAUCAUUCCUAUCUCCCUCGAGUCAGCUCGCCGCCUGAUCCCACCACAGUACCGGAUCCUCGAGGGGGCUUAUCGAUCUUUGUUGCCAGACUUUCCAGAGGGCAUGUACCCUGUCAUGCUGCAAGCCGCCCACGAUCACGAUGUUCAGUUCAGGGCAUAUGGCAUCACGAUAGAGGACUUUUCGCGUGUUGGGUUCGAGUUUCCGUUCCUCGACUUUAUGGGUGAUGGGUAUUCCUCCUUCAGAUGGGCACCAGCGCAGCUUAUCAGUUCUACCAACGACAUUGCUUUGGAUGGAUCACGAGCCUAUGGUACCAUUGUCUCUCCAGCCGAGUACGAGCCUCUCUGCGACGCCUACGAGACACUACCCAACGGCGCCACGCACUUCAAGGGCUCAAGCGUGAACUCGGCCGAGUUUAUCGAGUUGGAAAUGAAGCGCCUUCCGUUGAACCUCAGCCCGUACCCGAUGGAGUUGUUCAAGAACAUCACCAACCAGCCGACUUUUGCCAAUGGUACGACAUGCGACAACAUGAUCAGACUGUUCAACACGACCAUGUCGACUGGGGAAUAUGCACCUAGGGCUGUGCUGGGUAGUGUCAAGGCGAGGACGAAUGCCUUGUUCCAAGGGGCAGAUAAGGAGUGGACAGAGAUCUACGGGGUGCAAAUCGCCACUCCGUUUAUCGAGAACAACUAUCUUGACUGCAAGACGAUGCAGGGCUACGAGGGGACUGGUGGGCCAGGGGACUCGUUCGUCCCAGGGGGCGAUAAUGAUGAUCAUGAGCUAUGA